GGAAGUGUCCCGGUCGGCAGUUCCGAAUUCCGGGACCACGUGCGUGUAAUCUACAGCGCCAGCUCUUCCUUAUCAUCCACCACCACCACACCCAUUCAUGGCACCUGACUCCGAAAGGUUCUUCAAUACGCUCGACGGUUUCACCAAUCGGGACUACGAGAUCGAUGACCCAAAUUACCGCAAUCUAUAUGAAGUAGCCUGGAAAAGUAAGGACCGUAACGCCAUUUUCGAGGAUGUCGUUGGCUCUGAACCUUACAAAUCCCUCAAACUUGUCCUCCCACACACUGUUGGACAUCAAGAUCACCUGUUGGUCACUUCUGAAUAUAAAGCCGCUCUAUCCGAUGCAAAACGCUGGUUCGACGGACGGGAGGACCUCAAAACAAAGUUUACUCAGGAGGAAUCUUGUUGGAAGCCUCUAUCGGAGGACGAAGGUGAAGGUGAAGACCAGCAAAUAAAUACCGAUGCCGACCCGGAUUGGCCCACCUCGUCCAGUGCCCAAGGUGUUUUAAUCGUCUGUGGGAUGCCUGGCAUCGGGAAGAGUUGUUUUCUAUAUUAUGUUCUUGUAGAACGUCUCCUCGCAAAUCUUCCCACUUGUUUUCAGACAGAACGCGACCGCUUUACCUAUUGGUGUGACAAGGGCGUGUUUAACUGCGACAUGGAGCCUUUGCGUAUAGGUUUCCGCAUCCCGAGCAGUGUCUGGUUUCUUAUAGAUUCAAACAUGGAUAUCGUAUCUCCCUCAAGCGACAUAUUGCGAACGUGUGCACGGGUAAUCCAAGCGGCUUCCCCACUGAAUGCUCGUCUCCGUUGGAAACGAAAGCAGAAUCUCUUCACCUAUCACUGGUUCAUGAAGCCCAGCCCGCUACGAGAGCUAUUGAUCAUGAGGCAAUUUUGGCCUGUUCCCCUCACAGAUGAACAAGUGACGGAAUUUGUGACCAGUUAUGGACCAUCCAUUCGCCUUAUCACCCAGUACGCCCAUCGCCUCUACCAAUACCGCGUUGACCUUCAGUCCAGGACCAGCCAACUCACUUUUGACAAGCUCAGAAAACUGCUUUAUGAUUUAAAUGUCUUGAACGCUGGCAAUGAGAGCGUUUCGCAUUGGAUCUUUGGUAUAUACCCGGGUCGUAAACGCUACCAUCAUACAAUCGGAUUCCAUACAUCAGAAGUUUACGAUCUCGUAAAAGCAGUAUUCUCCGAGAGUUGGAAAACACACGUCUGCUUGAGUGUGUAUGAACUGUUCAACAACGGGGUUCGCUGGACGCGAGGCUCCGCAAGCUAUCUUUCGCAGGACUUACCGAUCGGGGGUACUGUACUGGAAGGUAACCAUAGCUGAAGUCGAACAAUCGGAAUCCGAUUACAGCGCCACCAUCUGUAGGAAUUGCCGAAUUCUUCUUACUCUUUGAAGCCAUCCCCCCAAAAAACAUCCGCACCUCCCCAAGCUCUCAUGUUGUAUCAGUAUGAUUCCAGUGGCGCCAGCGUUUUCUGGAAAACUUAGGCUAUCAUCGACCACCCUCCGCUCCCAAACAGCCAACGUUCGACUCUUUCCUCGUAACGCCAAGCAUACACUCAAUACUCUCGCAGACAAUAGGUACGAGAAGACACCUUCUGAGCACCAGGAGUAAUCAUGGCAUAUGCACGUGCAUGUAAUGGACAAAGGCGAGACAAGGCGACACUAGGAUUGCCAGUGAUCAAUAUUUCAAAUACUUGUUAAUUUCUCUGCUUAAUUAUCCAUCUCUUUCUUGGAGAUUUCUUCCUCGCGUCGACAGUUUCCAACAUUCUCGCUCUCGAUUCUCUAUUUCAUCUCAGGUCAACAAGAGUACUGUCAUUGACCCUGAAGUCGGAAAAACCGGGAAUUCGGAAAUUUGUACUGUAGCC